UCCACAGCUCUGUGUGAAGAACAGCCGAGAGGAACACUUCAUCUGGAGGGGCACACCUGAGAACAAGGUGACAUAUACGGAUUCAUACUGUAUAGAGUUUAGAGCUCUACCUGAUGGCUUCCUGUUGCUGCUCCCCUGUUACAUGGAUUGGUACAUGUAAUGAUGCCUUCUACUUUCAAGUGGUGUCAGCAGAUACAGGUGUGGAUGAAGACAGUUUCGGGAUUUCCAAACGGUGCCUCAAUUAUUGGGUCCGAAGCAAAGACAACAAAUUCCUGCUUUUAAACUCUGAGCAGCAAUUUCAAGUUCAAAACUUAACGAGCGAACUGCUGUGUCAGCCUGACUGCAAGGUUAAAAUCCAGAUUUACAACAACCUCGACAUGCAUUACGUCAAGAACGAAGGAAAGAACAUGGUGGCGUGCCGCGGUGAGACGGACGCCAUAAAGCGGGGUCGAGAGGGGAUGGCGGUCAUGCUGUACGUCGAGAACGAGGGAAAGAAGAUAGUGGUGUGUGGUGGUGAGACGGACAACAUUUAUCCCGAGAAAAUGGAGACGCUGCCGGAAGAAAUUAAGGGGUCCAACCACAAGGCCCUGUUCUACAUGACCAAACUUUCACCAGCUAACACCUUUUGGUUCGAGUCCUCCAUGUACCCGUCUAUGUACCUGGGGUUUGAGCCCGAUGGGUUUAACCCCUCUCUGAACAAGCUGGUCAUGCAUAACAAAGCUCAAGAUGAAGUGGACGAAUCCUGUCAGCUUAUUUUAUUAAAGAAUAUUUGAUUUUAAAAAAUGUUAUCAGAACUAAAUCACCCUGUUUGUCUCAUUAACUACUAAUUGUUACAGCAGAAACAACAAGGGGAACAUGUAUGUACUGUUUUUGUAGAAGUGUUUUCAGUUUUAUAUUGAGUGUUUUUAUACCUGUUUCACACUUUUAAAUGUAUAACAUUGUAUUUUUUCCGUUCAAAAGUUUGGAGUCACCUGUUUUAUUGGUGUUUCUCUUCUUUCAGCAGAGACAAAAGGAAAAUUAUUCAGACAACAAAUGUAUUAUUUCCAUUUGACAUAGUUUGCGCCCCAAAAAGCAGAAGAAUUAAAUGAUUCAAACUUAACUUUAGAAUGAUUUUUCCAGCAGGUACCUUUACAGUUUUGAUUUGUUUUCCAGUCUAGAAAAGCGUAAGUGACCCUCGAUAAUUGUUGAACUCUAAAUAUUGAGUGAGUCGCUCUGAUUAAAGAGGUUUAAGCUGUGAUUUGUUCAGCUGAUGUAUAAAAAGUGCUAAAACUAAACUAACUCUUCUGUUUUGUCAAGUGUAAAGAAGAGCUUUGCUAAAGCAACACGUUGCCCGUUAAUUCCAGCUUGUUCUAGGCUGCUUUUAUUGUGAAAAACUGGAAGAUGUUCCUAAGCUUCCAGUUUCUUUCACCAAUAACUGCUGUUUUUCUUAUAUUUUUAUGUGUCUGUUUCUGCCCUUCAUUUGUCAGUCUGGUUUACAGCUUUUUGUUCUCCAUGUACUAAAUACAAUCUAUUAGAAGAGGAUUUUUCUACAAAAUAAAAGCAUGAAACCCAAAA